AUGAGUUAAGAACAACCUUUUAGAUGCUUUGCCUUUAUUAAUAUAUUAUUGUUUAAGAAAAAAAACAGUUCGUACUGUUAAACUUUUUUAAAGACAUAAGUGAAUUUGAUGAACAGGUUUGAUUUAGGGAAACCUAGCAAUUUCCAUUCUGAGUAUCUGAAGAUCAUCCAAACAUUACAGUAAGAGGAGAGGUAAUUUCCCUUUUUAUAUCUUAAUAGGAUUUCAGUUGAAGUUCAAGUCAUUAGUGCUCAAAGAAUUCAAAUACUUUCAAUGGGUCGGUCUAAAAUUUUCGAUAUAAUAUUUGUGCUGAUUAUAGAAUGA